GACAGAGUCCAGGGAUCAAGAGCUGUUGCUGACUCACCUGGUUAUAUUUGGGGAGUCGUGGAGGCAGAUUUCCUGAAAGGCAGGACGUCAGGGUUUCAGAGCUCUGGACAGGGUUGAGACCUACCCACCCUCAGCCGCUUCUGAAAGAGCCAGCGGCAUGGGUGUUUGGCAGAAAAUGACCUUCCUCUUCCUCCUCUUCCUGCUGGGGCUGGUUGUCCUGGGGCACCCCCUAUGGCCAGCAGCUAUGGCUCUGGCCCUGCGUUGGUUCCUGGGAGACUCCACGUGCUUCAUGUUGUUUGGCUUGGCAUUGCUGGCCAGACCCUGGAUCAGCUCCUGGAUGCCCCACUGGAUGAGCCUGGUAGCCGCAGCGCUCACGUUAGCCUUGCUGCCUCCACAGCCACCACCAGGACUGCGAUGGCUGCACAAAGACAUGGCCUUCGCCUUCAAGAUGCUAUCCUAUGGCCUGCACAUCAGGAGACGCCUGAACAGAGAGCUUCCAGAGACCUUUGUGGCUGCUGUUGAGCGGCAAGCACAGGCACGACCUGACAAGGUGGCAAUAGUGUGUACAGGAUCUGGGGCCUGCUCAAUCACAAACAAACAGCUGGAUGCCAGGGCCUGUCAGGUGGCGUGGGCCCUGAAAGCAAAGCUGAAGGAGGCCACAAGCCGGCAGGACGAAGAGAUUGCUGCCCUCUUAGUGCUCCCCUCCAAGACCAUUUCGGCUCUUAGUGUGUUUCUGGGGUUGGCCAAGCUGGGCUGUUCUGUGGCCUGGAUCAACCCACACAUCAAGGGGAUGCCCUUGCUAAACUCUGUGCUAAGCGCUGGUGCCAAAAUGCUGGUUGUGGACUCAGACCUCCAGAAGAGCCUGGAAGAAAUCCUUCCAAAGCUGUUAGCAGAGAACAUCCGCUGCUUCUACCUUGGCCACACUUCACCCACCCCCGGCGUGGAGGCUCUGGGGCCUGCCCUGGAUGCUGCGCCUUCUGACCCAGUGCCUGUUAACCUUCGAGCCAAGAUUCGGUGGAAAAGUCCUGCAAUAUUCAUCUAUACUUCAGGAACCACUGGACUUCCAAAGCCAGCCAUCCUAACACAUGAACGGGUUGUCCAGAUGAGCAACGUGCUGUCCUUCUGUGGGGCCACAACUGCAGAUGUGGUCUACAACGUCCUACCUCUGUACCACUCGAUGGGGCUUGUCCUCGGAGUCCUUGGCUGCUUAGAACUUGGAGCCACCUGUGUCCUGACCUCCAAGUUCUCUGCCUCCCGCUUCUGGGCUGACUGUCGGCAGCAUGGUGUGACAGUGAUCCAGUACGUGGGCGAGGUCCUGCGAUACCUGUGUAAUGUUCCUGAGAAAGCAGAAGACAAGAUACACAAAGUGCGCUUGGCGAUGGGUAACGGACUUCGGGCGGAUGUGUGGCAAACCUUCCAGCAACGCUUUGGUCCCAUUCGGAUCUGGGAAUUCUACGGCUCCACAGAAGGCAACACAGGCUUAAUGAAUUAUGUGGGGCGCUGCGGGGCUGUGGGCAAGAGCAGCUGCUUCGUUCAAAUGCUGACUCCCUUUGAACUUGUACAGUUUGACCCAGACAAGGCAGAGCCUGUGAGGGACGAGCGGGGCUUUUGCAUCCCUGUGGGGUCAGGGGAGGCAGGACUUCUUUUGACCCAGGUACGAAAGAGCCAACCCUUCUUGGGUUACCGUGGUUCCCAGGAGGCGACCAAGCGGAAACUGAUUACAAACGUAAGGCGCGAAAGAGACCUCUACUACAACACUGGGGAUGUGCUGGCCUUGGACCAGGAAGGCUUCUUCUACUUCAGGGACCGCCUUGGUGACACCUUCCGGUGGAAGGGCGAAAAUGUAUCCACUCGAGAGGUGGAGGAAGUGUUGUCGAGCCUGGAUUUCCUAGAGGAAGUCAAUGUUUAUGGUGUGCCUGUGCCAGGGUGUGAGGGUAAGAUUGGCAUGGCUGCUGUGAAGCUGGCUCCUGGCAAGACUUUUGACGGGCAGAAGCUAUACCAGCACGUCUGCGCUUGGCUCCCUGCCUACGCCACUCCUCAUUUCAUUCGUAUCCAGGACUCCCUGGAGACCACAAACACCUUCAAGCUGAUAAAGUCACAACUGGUACGCGAGGGGUUUGAUGUGGGGCUCGUUGUUGACCCCCUAUACAUACUGGACAGCAAGGCCCAGACCUUCCGGAGUCUGAUGCCAGACAUGUACCAGGCUGUGUGCGAAGGGACCUGGAAGCUCUGAUCUUCCAGCCAACUGGGAGGCUAUCCAGGAGUGUGGAAAUCAACACUGGCCAGAGUUCCCAAUGUCAGCUUCGCAAAGUUGUCAGGACUCCAGACACCCAUGGCCCAUGCAGCACUUAGAGAAUAAACUUGGAUGUGUCUGCAGAA